CGGGGGCCCGAGCCGGGGCGCGGAGCCGCGGGCAGCAGCAGCAGCCCGUGCCCGGGAGCGGCGGCCCUGAGCGGCUCGGGGACUCCGCGGGCGCCACCAUGCAGCACCCGGGCCCGUGCCUGUGGCUGUUGCUGCAGGUGAUGAUGGGCUCUUGCGCGGCCAUCAGCUCCAUGGACUUGGAGCGCCCUGGAGACGGCAAGUGCCAGCCGGUGGAGAUUCCCAUGUGUAAGGACAUCGGCUACAACACCACCCGCAUGCCCAACCUGAUGGGCCACGAGAACCAGCGCGAGGCCGCCAUCCAACUGCACGAGUUUGCGCCGCUCGUGGAGUACGGCUGCCACAGCCACCUCCGCUUCUUCCUGUGCUCGCUGUAUGCGCCCAUGUGCACCGAGCAGGUCUCUACGCCCAUCCCUGCUUGCCGGGUCAUGUGCGAGCAGGCCCGGCUCAAGUGCUCUCCGAUCAUGGAGCAGUUCAAAUUCAAGUGGCCGGACUCAUUGGACUGCAGCAAGCUCCCCAACAAGAACGACCCCAACUACCUGUGUAUGGAGGCACCCAACAACGGGUCGGACGAACCGACCCGGGGCUCUGGCAUGUUCCCUCCGCUCUUCAGGCCCCAGAGGCCCCACAGCGCGCAGGAGCACUCGCUAAAGGACGGAGGUCCCGGGCGCGCAGGCUGUGACAACCCGGGCAAGUUCCACCACGUGGAGAAAAGCGAGUCCUGCGCGCCUCUCUGUACUCCGGGGGUGGAUGUGUACUGGAGCCGUGAGGACAAGCGCUUCGCUGUAAUCUGGCUGGCCAUCUGGUCGGUGCUGUGCUUCUUCUCCAGCGCCUUCACCGUGCUCACCUUCCUCAUUGACCCAUCGCGCUUCAGGUACCCCGAACGCCCCAUCAUCUUCCUCUCCAUGUGCUACUGCGUCUAUUCGGUGGGCUAUAUCAUCCGCCUCUUCGCUGGCGCUGAGAGCAUCGCCUGCGACAGGGACAGUGGACAGCUGUAUGUUAUCCAGGAGGGUCUGGAGAGCACCGGCUGUACCUUAGUCUUUUUGGUACUUUACUACUUCGGCAUGGCCAGCUCCUUAUGGUGGGUAGUUCUCACCCUCACUUGGUUCCUGGCUGCUGGCAAGAAGUGGGGCCAUGAGGCCAUUGAAGCCAACAGCAGCUACUUUCACCUGGCAGCCUGGGCCAUCCCGGCUGUGAAGACCAUCUUGAUCCUGGUGAUGCGUCGGGUGGCGGGGGAUGAGCUCACGGGUGUGUGUUAUGUGGGCAGUAUGGAUGUCAAUGCUCUGACUGGCUUCGUGCUGGUCCCGCUGGCUUGUUACCUGGUCAUCGGCACUUCCUUCAUCCUGUCCGGCUUCGUGGCUUUAUUCCACAUCCGGAGGGUGAUGAAAACGGGUGGGGAGAACACGGAUAAGCUGGAGAAACUCAUGGUACGCAUAGGGGUAUUCUCCCUUCUCUACACCGUGCCGGCCACCUGUGUGAUUGCCUGCUACUUUUACGAACGCCUGAACAUGGACUACUGGAAGAUGCUGGCCACCCAGCACAAGUGUAAGAUGAACAAUCAGACCAAGACCCCUGAUUGUCUGAUGACCACCUCCAUCCCUGCCGUGGAGGUCUUCAUGGUCAAAGUGUCCAUGCUUCUGGUGGUAGGCAUCACCAGCGGGGUGUGGGUCUGGACCUCCAAGACCCUGCAGUCUUGGCAACACGUGUGCAGCCGGGGGCUAAAGAGAAAGACCCGGAGGAAACCAGCCAGUGUGGUCACCAGCGCAGGGAUCUACAAAAAAGCUCAGCACCCCCAAAAACCUCACCUUGGGAAGUAUGAGCUUCCUGCCCAACCUUCAGCCUGCGUGUGAAGGUGGUUGACUGGGAGAACAGGACAGACAGAACCCAACUGGGCUGCUCUUCUUGGUAGACUGGUUGUUGUUUAAAUCAAAGUAUAUAUAGUGAAGUCUACCUUCAUUAUAAUGAUAGGCAGAAAGUAAAGGGUCCUAUUCUGUCUGCUGCCUCCUUGAAGGGUCACUCAUAAACAGAAGGAGCCUCUUGUAUGACUAAUUGGUGGUAAAGAUUCAACCAUCCUCUCAAGAACACUUUUGUUUAGGCCUCAAAACACACCUGUGUAUACAGGAGGCUUUGCUGCCCGCUUACAAACUUGAGGUCAGAUGGCUCCUUUGCAAGCUGAAGAGCUUCCUUGGGGCUAGCCACUGAGCCACCCAAGGACCCACUCUUCCCUCCCCCAGCAAGACUGCUGUAUAGGGGCGGGCUGAGGAGGGGGACUAAAGAAGGGACCCUGAGCUAUCUAUCCAUGCACUCCAAGUCUGCAGGCCCCUUACAGAGAGACCCCCACCCCCAGCCUUCAUAGUCAUCUCUCUCCAACACCCCUCCCAAACAACCUAACACUGGAGAAUUCAAAUGGUGUGCAAUACAUUUUUUUACGUUCCCCCUUUCCCCAUGAAAAUAAAAGAGAAAAAAGUAUUUUGUUGUCAAUAAAAGACAACAAAAGAAAUCAUCUAACAAAAGAAUUAAGAGGCCCAAGCCUCAGAAAAAAAAAAACCUUCAGCCCGAUACAUUUUGUGGCUUUUUAAUGGAAACCAAGCCAAUGUGUUCUACACAGUGGGACUGUUUUGUGGAGGGGAGGGGCGAGGGGGAAUCAGGGGAGAGCACCCGAAGGGCUUAUUGACUCUCUCAAUUGUUAAACAAAUGAUUUCCAUGAGGUCCAGAAGCACUUGGGAAGACAAACUUUGUCUCCAGCCAGGGAGGGCGAUGCCUGCCUCUGUAUAUCUGUAAUAUAUGGUAUUUUUCAUGCUCCACUAUUUUAUUAAAAAAUAAAAGACAUUCUUUAGUUUGCUGCUA